UUCAACCUGGACGACUUGCUCAUCAACGAUUUUAAUUCAUCCCAACCCGCCACUCUACAGCAGUCUCAAUUCACUACCAGUCCGUGGGAAACUAAUCCCUGGGAUACCAGACCAGUCAAUCUCGCAGGAGGCAGCCUUACGACUGGAGAUACUGAGCCUGAAUCACCUUCGGGGCCCGGAUUAGCAGCCCAGCAAUUCCGAAAUACUGAAGGUGUCGGAGCUGGCUUGCUCCCUGGAGAACUUUUUCAGACUAAAUUUCCUCUUCAGCAACUCCCCUUGCAUGCAAAUCAGAGUCCUUUCGCCCUUGUACCCUACAACCCAACUGAUAGGUCGAUCAACUUCUCAUCCUCUCAGGCGAUCUGCUUCGUUUCGCCUUCGCUGCCAGUUGAACGAUCGCAGAUACCCUCGUCUUUUGCCCCUAACAAUCCCUUCCUUGUGCCCUCUACUCCCAGAAUGCCCAUGGUGGUAGCACCCCAGCCGCCAUUUGCUGCCUCUCCUGUCGGCUUGUGGCCUACCUCUUCUAUUGAAUAUCCUAUAUUUCAUGCCUGCUGCAAAUAA